AUGGUUUCAGCCAUGUUUGAGGACAACCUUGGGAAUCGCCAAACUGUGUGUGAGCACGGGCUACAAGGGGCGAGUCAACCUCACCGAGAAAGGAGGAGGGCCGCUGGUUCUGGAGCCCGGCCGGUGUUUGCCAGAGACGGAGACAAGAACCGGAGCGAGCAGAUCAGCUACAGAAUCCUCAGAGGAAAUGAAGGAAAUAUCUUCCAGAUCGACGAGGAGACGGGAAACAUCACAAUGACGAAGGCUGCUGAUAUCGUUGGACCGAUCACUCUCACUGUUCUGGCGUCUCAGGUGACAAACAGGGAUCAGUUUGCGGUGACGCAGGUGACCAUCGAGGUGAUGAAGAAGAGCAGGAACCCUCCUCGCUUCGAGAAGGAGCGAUACGAAGGGUUUAUCUACAGCAACUCGGUCCCUGAGAGCAUGAUCCUCCGAGACCGGAGCACCAACAGACCCUUCAGAGUCCGAGCGCGGGAUGAGGACUUCGCUGCGGGUUUGAAUCCCGACAUGAAGUACGAGGUUCAGUACAGCAGCUACGUCAACGUCACCUACGACGGUUUUGUGAUCCUGAAGAGAGUCGUGAAGACCGAGUCCUUCGCUCUCCAGCUCCGAGCCGUGGACACGACAACGGGAGAGUUUGGGACAGCUGCUCUCUCUGUUCAGGUGAUACCAGCCGUAGCCACCCCGUCUGACUCUACCAUCGGGUACCGUCCGGGGGACAUGGUGCUGCUGGGGCUGGUCAUGGCGGCUCUGUUGGUGCUUUGUCUCAUCGUCAUUGGCUUCCUGAUUUCCCGCUUAUGGAAAGGAAACGCCGGCAUGGACAAAAUAUGUGAGUGUUUUGGCCCCUGUCUGAAGGGCGAGCAUGCCCGCUCUGGUCACAGGGACUCUCUUCAGUUCACCAACGAUGGCUUCACCUCUGAGGGAGACCAGAGCCGCGGCGGGGCCCGGCACUGUAACAACGUAGUUCCUCGGCGGAGCACCUUCCCUCAGCCACGAGGCCGGGUUAUCCCCCUUGAGAGACGGAGCCGACACUGCUCCUCCUGCGGUGUCUACGACAACCACGUCGGUGCCGGGAGCCCGUCAGCGAGGGCAUCAAGGAGGGGGAGGGGUGACGGGGACGACUAUGCAGCGAGGGCCAGCCUUAUUAAGCAGAGGAGGAAGGAGGGGCAGAAGACUGUCUGGUUCAAGGAGAGCGAGGGCUCCUCUGACAUCGAGGUGGAGAUCAUCCCCGAUUCUGUGGGCCGGGUGGAGGAGGAGACGCAGGAGGAGCUGGAGGGGGAGAUGGAGAUGGAGGGGGUGGUCAGAGACCCGGCGGCCCCCCUAAGAGAGUUGGAGGGGGAGCAGGAGGGGCAGGAACCUGGAGACAUGAGCUCAGAGACAGAGAGGAGGAGCGCGGAGCAGGAGGGCUGACAGGAACAGGAGGAGUCAAACAUCAAACUGACACAGAGCUUAUUUUCUGUCUCUAAUGGAGGUGACGCCUGCAGGAGGGGGUCUCACAGGAUGUCUCAGAGAGUCCCAUCAUCUGUGGGGCAACUUCAAACACCUCCAGGACAGACUCAAGGACGGAUUCAAGGACCCAAACAUGAUACUGUGAGAGUGUGAGAACACAGUCUGAGCCCAUGACUUGUCCUCCUGUGUUUACACCAUGAGAUCAGAGUUUUCUGUCACUCCUGCACCUUUUUUAAAAGUUUAGGUCCAUUUCAAACAACGUGAAACAUAUUUUUAUAGUCUUUGUUCCUAGUUUUGGUUAACUUUUGAAUUCACUAAACAACAUUUCUCUAACUGAGCGGUCUAAAGACACAAAGCUGCAUAGAGACAGAGCUUUCUGUAUUUAAUAUAAAUCCACACUCUAUAGAUCCUCUUUGGGGUCAACUUAGUUUAAAGUUUAGAGAUCACCACGGUCACAAGAACACGGUCGGAAACAAGAAGGAUGAACUUUGUCGAUAUUCCAGUCGUGCACACCUGCUGGAGACGUGCACACGACUUUUCAAUACUCAUAACUCGUUUAACGCCUAGCAUCCACGAUAUCUACAUUUUAAAGAGGUCAUAUUAUACCCUUUUUGGGGUUCGCAUAUUUAAUCUA